UUAUGGAAUCAGUUGAAUUCGUUGAGUCAAGCAUUUCGUAUUGUCAAAAUAUAUUGAAAUUCUUUCGUUCGAGUUCAAGUGACUCGUUAGUGAAUCACAUAUUAGACCGCCACAAUUUGUAUACUGUCUCAGAUGUAAUUAAUUGCAUUGCCUCGUGUCUCGAAUCGUAAACACAAACUCCCCGACCGGUAGAAUACAGCAUUGCAUCCACCAUCUGAAGUUCUACCACACAGUAGUGAACUUGUUACUCAUUCUGUGUCCCCGUUAAUUGAAUCGUAGAUCCUGGCAAUGCGAUUGGAUUGGAUCAAACACACAAUUUCAUUAUACGUUUAUUUGAGUUAAAUUGCGGAGGUGAAAUCCAAUCGACGCUUGCUAAUAAAUAUCUCAUUAUUACUCGAGGUAUUAGCAGCUGUUGAUCUGGAAAUUGACUGUAUUUGACUGGUUAAUACGUUUAGGUUGAGGAUUUUGAUCAAUUGCCUUGAAGAAUGCUGAUGAAUAUUAUUGUAUUAGAACUGUCGGUGGUAGUAUCACUGAUACAUUUUGCUGCUACUGAAUUUUUAAGCUGCGAAGUUCCUACGAAUUUCACUCUGCACACAUAUACGAAUGGAAGAGCGGAUGUUUAUAACGCAAAUUUGAACAUAAUAUUCGAUUACAACAAACUAGAGCUGUACGGUUAUGGAAGGCACAAAUACAUAGCGGUUCGGGGGCGAAAUGUCACCAUCAAUUUCGACGGUAGUUAUACGGAUAAUUAUCUGCCCGUGGGAAUCAACUCCCAGCCCAGAGCAUUCAAGGAGACUUUCGAUGAAGAAAUAACCGGAAAUGCGCAAAGAGUUCUAUUGAAUGACACAACGUACUUAGUUUACAAUUGUCGAUUGAUAUUCCUUCCCACCAAUGAAGAAAAAUCAUCCACUCCCAUGAUUACACGAAAUGGAAUUAGGAGACUAGCUGAAUCAUGCUUGGAAUCCUACAUGUGUGAAAGAUUCAAGAACAUCAAUCAUUGGGAAUUUAUUGAAAGCUCGAACAAUGGAAAAUUCUGUUUCCCGCCUGGAAUGCCGAGUUCGUUGCCCGACUUGAUAGCACGUGCACCAUCAGAGUCCAUAGCAGAUCUUGGGGGUUUCCAGGAUAUUAUAAACAAGGUGGUAGACGUCACGCUCACCGAAGUGAUUGCUAAUUUGGACCAGAUAAAUGGAUCUCUGAAUUUACCCAAUAUCACUCAUGAAUUUGUAACUGGCACAGGCGUCUUCCAAACGAAAGGUCGCUUCGAAGCGACUGGAGGAAUAUUUCGGGAUCUGAGGACACUUCACAGGAGUGAAAAUGUAGGCAUCAGGAGAAUUGGGAAUACAUUUAGGGUGUCUUGUGGCGUUGGAUUGUCAACCGCACAAUUACAUUUUACAGAGUACAAGAUAAAAUACGGGAUUGUCAAAGUCGCCGGCAAGCUCGAUGGCAAUAUUGCUGGAAUAAAAUUGGAAGCCGCAGCUUCGAUCGAUUACUCAAAAAAUCCCUGUGUCCAGAAGAUCGAUAAACUAAAAGUCGCAGAGUUCGGAGAAAUAGAGAUUUUUCUGACUGGAUUGGGGCCCUUAAACUCGAUUUUUGGAUCUAUUUUGGAUAUUAUGAUCAACGCUUGGAAGAGUGAUAUUAUUCAAAUGGUGGAAACUGAGCUGAUGAACAUAAUUAAACAGGCCAUCGGAACGUUUAAUUGCGAGAAAUACAGACCAUAAUGAAAAUGUUGUUUCUCGUCUGAGGAAAUAAAACGAUUGAAAUCAUUUGUUCUUUUAAAUUAUAUUUUUCAAAUGAACUGUAGUUUUCCGUCAAUCAAUUCUAUUGGCUUUUUCGCAAUUGUUUUCAUAGACAUUAAAUUGAUGAAUAUUAAUAAUUA